AUGCGCGCGACCCUUCGUAGGUCCUGCAAUGCUUGUGCAAAGGCAAAGCAUCGUUGCGAUCUCCGAACCCCCCAUUGCUCGCGAUGCAUCAAGAAGAAGUUUAACUGUAUCUAUGCGAACGAACCUCUAACCUCAUCAUCGCCAGAUAGAAAUGACUCGCCACCCUCAGAUACGGUAGGAAACAAUUGGCCUGCUGUCAUGAAUGGCGUCGAGGUGUCCAAAAUGACUUCGAGGGAUGGGACGACCACGCCGAAGUUUUCAGAGACCUCAGUAGGCCUGUUGAAUCCAGGAAAUGCGUAUUUCGAUCCAUUUGAUUCAUAUCCGCCCACACGACUUCCUCGGGCAACUGCUCAGCGUCUCAUCCUCCACUCAUCCCUGGACGGGGAGUUGCGAGCUCAGAGGGUGAGACGAAAGAUUGAGGACUCAUCAUUAGCAUUUCAGGAUGAGACUAUGAACUCCGUUGUUACCUUGGCGGCAAUUGAACAUGGCAAGGGGAAUGUUGAAUCUAGCAGAAUGCAUAUUGAUGGAAUCAAACGAAUGGUUAGUGUUAGGGGCGGAAUCAACGAGGUAAAGGGCACAAGCCCGCUUACCGCAAGAAUGGUUUCCUGGGUAUCUAUGCUGGUCACAGGAGCUCCUCAAUUUCAGAUUCAAGAUGAUUUUGGAUUUGGAAGUGGAAUUGGAUCAAUACCCCAGUGGCAGCUGGCGGGCCUAGAUUCAGAGCAUAUGGCUCUCGAUGAUUUGGACGUCGACCCUGCCAUGAGCAACAUCAUAUCUCGUCUCCGCACCAUAUUUCACGAGCCACGACUUCCACGCCUAACAAGCACUGAGCUACAUGAUCUGACAUGCUAUGUCACACAUAAGUUGCUGCUUCUGCCUCCUCUCUCGCCGGCGAAUCCAAUGCGAUCGGUUAUUUCGGAAUGCCUUCGAUACGCGUUGGCUCUCUACAUGUUGAUAUUACAUGGGACAACAUACUAUUCGCACGAAGACUUAGCCAACACCAUCAUGAUCCACCUCAAGACUCAUCUUGAGGCUUUGGCUAGGAUAAAAUACGUACAUGGUCCGCUGGGGAUUUGGGCCAUUUCUAUGGGAAUGGUCGCUGGCGUUGGAACGAAAGAUCACCAGUGGUUCCUGAACCAAGCUCGCAUGGCUAAGAUAGCUCUUGGCUUACAAACAUGGGAAGAUGUCCUCGUCAGUCUGGAAAGCAUACUCUGGAUGAGGGUGGAGCAGCUAGAAUUCUUUCGGGAAAAGUGGAGCGAAAUCUUGAAGGUCACGACGUGA